AUGGCUGCAGCUCGAGCAAAGCUCGCCGAAUUACGGGCACUCAGAGCCGCUGGAAAGAAGCGACUCACCACUUACGAAGUCGAAGACGAAGGGGAUAUUUACGAUGAAAUUGAUGAGGAAGGAUACAAAAAACUUGUGCGGAAGCGGCUGGACCAAGACGAUUUCGUGAUUGACGAUACUGGCGAGGGAUAUGCGGAUGAUGGGCGUGAAGAGUGGAACGACUCGAAACAAUACUAUAGUGAUAGUGACGGCGAUGAGCUGCCAUUGAGAGGCAAAGCGGCCAAAAGAAAACGCGAGGAGGAUCAACAGAGGAAGGAAAAGAUUAACAAUGGUAUUAGCAAAUACUUCAACACUGGGCCCGCGGCCAAAGCUCCUUCAAAGCCAAAGCCUGUUGCUACCGCUGAAGAUGAGGCAUUUUUGGCAGACCUCCUUGAAGAAGUCGACUCCAACCCUGUUUCUCGUGUUCUUCCGAAGAAGGCAGUGAAAUCUGAGACGCGGCGGAAAGUUAGGAUCAUAUCACCACCUCUUUCUCAGAAUACAACCUCCGAAGCCGCAAAAGACCGGAAAGAAAACAACAUAUCGAGCCCACUAGUUGCCUCCAAGGUAGAAUUGGAUCCAGACAAUGAUACAACAUGGCUAGAUGCGGGGGAUGAUGACGAUGUUUUCAUGAGUGAUCCGGCACCAUCUUCACCCGUCACAAAGGCCGUUGAGCGAAAAAUCCCAAAAAAUAUCAAAGUAGAAGAAGAGGAGGAAGAUGAAUUAAUGGUGGUCACACAAACGACCGCGCACCAUGAUAUAAAUGGAGCCAGAAUUAAUAUGACGGGAAAGCGGCCAACGCCAAAAGUCAAGGAGCCGAAAUAUCCUUCUCCUGCGACUUCGUCUCCUAUUCGAGCCAAUCCAGAUGGCAUCGAUCCUUCGUCAUGGAACGAUGUCACAAGUAAAUUAAACGUUCUGAGCAGCCCCGCCACAGCUGACUUUAAAACAUUUGGUAAACUUGCCGCUCCGAGCGCUGUUGAGGAAGACGGAAGUCUCCUAUUCUUCUGGUUAGAUUAUGUUGAAAUCAACGGCAGCCUGUGUCUUUUUGGCAAAGUUAAAAACAAGGAUACUGGGGACUAUGUGAGCGCCUUUGCUAAAGUCGACAACAUCUUGCGGAAACUCUACUUUCUUCCCAGGAAAUACCGGGUACGCCAUGGCCAUGAAACGGAAGAGGAAAUCGACAUGGAAGACGUCUACAAGGAAGUUGAUGCACUUUUAUCACGAACGAAAGUCGGCACGCACAAGAUUAAAGAAGUGACAAGGAAAUAUGCAUUCGAGCUCCCAGACGUUCCCAAGGAAGGAGAAUAUCUCAAACUCAUGUAUUCUUAUGACAAGCCCGCUUUGCCAAUCGAUGUUAAGGGUGAGACUUUCUCUCGAGUUUUCGGAAUUAACACUGCACUCUUCGAGCAGUUUGUGCUCUGGAAGAAUAUCAUGGGCCCUUGUUGGCUUAAGUUUGAAGAUGCCGACUUCACUGCUGUGAAUGGGGCGUCAUGGUGCAAGCUGGAGUGCCAGGUCUCGGAACCCAAACUUAUCACGGUUGUUCCAAACUCUGACAGCUUGGAAAUCCCACGACUGACGCUGAUGAGUCUGGCAUUCCGAACACAGUUGAACGUGAAGGAUAACAAACAAGAAAUAGUGGUCGCAAGCGCUCGCGUUUAUGAGAAUGUAUCACUUACUGAUACUACACCCCCGGAAAAGUUGCCCUGCAAAACCUUUACAGUGAUGCGACCCUCUGGACCUACAUAUCCGAUUGGAUUCGAAGCCGAAACUCGAAAACGCCGUGGCACAUUCAUGAUGGAGAAGAGCGAACAAUUUCUUCUCAGCAAGUUCAUGGCUCUGUUUGAGAAGAUGGACCCGGAUGUCCUAAUGGGCCAUCAACUCCAAGAGGUAGACUUUAAUAUUCUCCUUAAUAGGCUAUCUGAGAAAAAGACACCCGGCUGGCACCGCAUUGGGAGGAUGAAGAGAAGUGAAUGGCCGAAAAAUUUAUCGCGAGGCUCCAGCUUCUUUGCGGAAAGGAAGCUUGUAGCUGGAAGACUGCUUUGUGAUAUUGCAAAUGACAUGGGGAAGUCUUUAAUGUUGAAAUGUCAAUCGUGGAGCCUAACAGAGAUGUGUCAAUUAUAUCUAGGAGAUGGUAAUCUCCGUCGAGACAUUGAUAAUGAAGCAGCGCUAAAAUCUUGGGCAACCUCAAAAGAGGGACUAAUGAACUACAUCAGUCAUUGCGAAGCCGAUACUUAUUUUAUUGCCGCUCUUGUUCUCAAGCUACAAAUGCUUCCGCUGACUAAAGUACUUACGAAUUUGGCAGGAAAUUCGUGGGCGAGGACUCUCAGCGGUACGAGGGCGGAACGGAAUGAGUAUAUCUUGUUACAUGAGUUCUAUCGAAACAAGUACAUCUGCCCUGACAAGUAUGGCGGUAAACAGCAACAAAUGUCACAAGCGAAUGAGGAAGACGAAGAUGGAGCGGACAAGAAAAAGAAGGACAAAUAUAAGGGUGGUCUGGUGUUUCCACCCGAGAAAGGCCUAUACGACAAGUACAUCCUUGUCAUGGAUUUCAACAGCUUGUACCCCAGCAUUAUCCAGGAGUUUAAUAUCUGUUUUACAACUGUGGACCGGGCAGCUGUCGUCGAAAAUGAGAAUGAGGAAAAGGUCCCUAAAGUUCCUAGCAACCAAAGCCCGGGAAUUCUCCCGCGCCUCAUUGCUACCCUUGUCAACCGUCGACGUGAAGUGAAGAAACUUAUGAAAGACAAACGUGCAAGCCCUGAGGACCUUGCUCUUUGGGACACCAAGCAAAUGGCGCUGAAGCUCACUGCCAACUCUAUGUAUGGAUGUCUAGGCUACACGCAGUCUCGAUUCUACGCUCGACCACUUGCCAUGCUUACGACCUCCAAAGGCCGCGAAAUUCUUCGAAGUACAAAAGAGCUUGCGGAGAACAACCAGCUGCAAGUUAUUUAUGGCGACACUGACUCAGUAAUGAUCAACACUAAUACCGACAAUAUGGAAGACGCACUGAAAGUUGGCAAUACAUUUAAACGUUUGGUUAAUGAACGGUAUCAAUUGCUCGAAAUUGACAUUGAUAGUGUCUUCCGUCGCCUCCUUCUUCACGCGAAGAAGAAGUAUGCGGCCAUGACCAUGACUGAGAUCGAUGGCAAGUAUGUCGACCAACUUGAGGUCAAAGGCUUGGACAUGAAGAGACGAGAGUACUGCGCCUUAUCUAAAGAGGUCUCUUCGAAACUCCUGAAUGAGAUUCUGUCCGGUGAAGAUCCCGACAUGGUUCUUACAAAGGUGCACGACUACCUCCGCGAAAUCACAGAAAAGAUGAAGGAAUACACGAUCCCUGUGCAGAAAUAUGUUAUAUACACGAAACUGUCAAAGCGCCCCGAUGAGUAUCCCAACAAGGAGACCAUGCCCCCAGCGCAGGUGGCCUUGCGGGAACUAGCCCGAGGGAAAACCGUUCGACCAAAUGAUGUUAUUGCCUACAUUGUAACCACAGGAGAUUCCGACACGUCUUCCUUACCACCUGCUAAGCGAUCAUACACUCUGCAGGAUGUGAUGAAACCGGAGUCCGGCCUCAAACCCGACGUUGAAUAUUAUCUCUUGAAACAGAUCUUCCCACCAGUAGAACGUCUCUGCGCCCCUUUACCCGGCACGGACGCAGUCCGGCUCGCCGAGUGCCUAGGCUUAGAUGUUAAAAAGUACCAAAUUAAUACUUCCAGCACCCGCGAUCAACAAAACAUGGAAAUAUUCCCUCUCGAAUCGCAAAUUCCAGAUUCCAUCCGCUUCAAAGACGCUGUUAGAUUGACACUUCGCUGUCGAUUCUGUCACGAACGGACAAGUUUCGAAGGUCUUUGCGUGUCAACCGAGAUGUGCACUGCCAAUGGACUCAUAUGUCCCAACUCAGGCUGCGGGAAACCAUUUACUGUUAUAUCUAUAGCAGCACAGCUUGAAAGCCAGAUACGCGCUCAAACAUCGAAGUACUACGAAGGCUGGCUCGUCUGUGACGAUUCCUCUUGCGGCAACCGCACCCGCCAGAUGAGUGUGUACGGCCGUCGAUGUCUGGGGCCCCGUGGCCGUGCUGAAAGCUGCCUCGGCCGCAUGGGGUUCGAAUAUACAGAUAAACAACUGUAUAAUCAGCUGCUAUACUUUGCCCGACUGUGGGAUGUAGACAAGGCAAAGGAGAUUGCGGAGAAGGAAACUAAUGCCGAGAAGCGGGAAAAGAUUAUGGCGAUGGUCGAGUGGAAUCGGCCGCGGUUUGAGACAUUAAAGGGGGUUGUAGAUGCGUAUUUGAAGAAAUGUGGACGACAGUGGGUUGACAUGGAGGUUCUUUUUGGGUUUGCUUUGCGAUGA